AUGAAGCUAUUAUCUACUUCAGAAUCCCCAUUAACCCUUAGAACUGUUAUUUUUAUAUUGUUAUUUAUUGGAUUAACACAGAGCUUGCCUGAUAAUGUUGGGGAUGGGUCUAGUUUUCAGAUAAAAUAUGUUUGGGCAUUAAUAACAGCUUUUCAUUUAUCCUUUACUUUUGGUUUUGCAAUGGGUUCCAAUGAAGUAUCCAAUGCCUUUGCAACAUCCGUUGGUUCCGGAGCAAUAAAGCUUAGAACAGCCUAUAUUUUGGCUACUAUAAUAGAGAGUGCUGGAGCUAUUUUGCUUGGUUACAAAGUCUUACAAACCCUUCGAUUUGAAGUUAUUGACCUAGAAAUGUAUGCAGAAGCACCCCACGAACUUCUUUUAGGGCAAAUUGCUAUUCUUGGGGGUAUAUCCUCUCCAAAAAAUUUUUUUAAUUUUAUUUGUUUUAUGUUGUGCAAUGUGGAUGAUGACAGCCACUUUUUGUGCUCUCCCUGUGUCUUCUACUCAUAG